ACGACAUUGUUUCAUUGCCGUCACUAAACGACCAAUCAAUUCUCAAUAUGUUUAUGAUUUAAUUUCAAUACUAAAUCGUCUCUACUUGGUUAAGUCAGAGACGGAUCUAGAGUGGUUAACUGUUCAAUUUGCUCUAUCACCUGGUUGGCUGCUCGAUCAAUACUCAUCGAUAAGGUGGUCCAUUUUCUGCGGCGCCUGGACAUAAAGCCAAACGAUAAUGUCUUCUUCAUCAGUUCUUGGAGAUGAAACAUCAGCAACCAUUUCUGAUUUCGAAGAAUCUUCUCAGGUGGUCACAACUUCAGAGGACAAUGGGGAAGACAUCGAUCUCAGUAACAACUCAGAAUUACAUCCAAAGGAAUCGUUACCAAAUGCUAACCAUUCCGCUUCCAUUAAAUGGCAGCAGAAACUCUUUAAACUUUAUGGAAACGAAGCAAAUGUCUUUAUUAAUCCAACCCUAAAAUCUAAGAAAUUUGUUCAUCCCAAAAUGCUUGAAAUUGGAGAAACUACUGCCGUUAAACCUAAAGGAGAGGCUGGUGGGCCCUGCCAGGUUUUAGGAUGCCCAAGAAACACCGCCUGUCACAAAAGCCCUCCUGUUAUAACUCUAUUAGGAAUUGAGGGCCCAAGGGAAGAAUCUGUACGACACGGUAUACUACCAUACAAUAAAGUCAGUGUGGUAAGAGCUGACAUCCAUUUGAUCACAGAAUCAGCUCAUUUAGAACCACCCCCCACUGGGGUUAAACAACAACAACAACAACAAACAAUAACUAAUAACCAGUGUGUCGAUGAAAAACUCACUCAUAAACUGUAA